UUUCCAUCCUCAUCAAGAUCUACAGCGAGAGCAAGUUCCAUGAGGAGCGCUAUGAGAUCGUGUGGGUCCCGAUCAUCGAGCAAGAAGGCGAGGACGUAAACAACCAGUUCAAGAAUCUACAGUCGCAAAUGCUGUGGUACUCAGUGCACUACCCGACACUUAUCAACAAGGUGGCCAUCAAGAUCAUCAAGGAGAAGUGGCACUAUAGGCAAGAGACCAUCGUGACUGUGUUGGAUCCCCAAGGAAGGGUCUCACACAAAAAUGCCACGAGCAUGAUUAGGCUCUGGGGAUGGGAUGCUUUCCCUUUCAGUGAAUCAGUGGAAAAAACCUUACUGAGCAAGCCUGGUAUCAGCUGGUUUCAGCUCUUGUUGACUGACAUGGUCAUUCCUAAGAUAAAUGAAGCUAUCAAGUCUCAGAAGUACAUCCUCCUUUAUGGAGCUGAAGACAACAAGGCAAUCCACGAAAUUGAGGAGCCAGUGAAGAAGAUCAUCGAAGAUCGUGUUCCCAUCGCCGCCUACAAUGUCACCAAAAAUCAGCUUUUCUGGAGCCGCCUCGAGAGCCUUAUGCUGUCAAAACUGCAAACCAAAGCGGAUGUGCACGAACCGCUCAUGCAGGACGUCCUCAGCCUCUACACCAACUUCAAGAAGGACGGUGGGUUCGCGGUCCUCACUAGGGGUUCGCGGGUCGUGAUCAACGACUCGAUUGUUGACGUCACCAAGGUCUUGUCCCAGUACGAGACCAAUUGGAAGGGGCCGGUCAAAAGGAAUGAGAUGACGUUCGAUGCAGCCUUCAAGGAGCACCGCGAGCGGGUCUACGUUCUUCCAAGGUGCCACCACUUCUACAUCCCGAACAUGGUGGGCUACAUCCCGGAGGACGUGAAGUGUCCAAUUUGUCCCCGCAUGAUGAAGAACUUUGUCAAGUUUGAGUGUUGCCAUGGCGCACAUUAGGCAACCUAUGCAUCUCUCUGCUGGUCCAUGUCCCCAAUAAAGGAGCUAUGCGAGAACUCUAUUAGGCCAGGACAUGAAAUAAGAGGACUGUUUGCUGAGUCCUUGAGUUUGUGAGUUGCCCACGUUUAGGGCAACCAUUAUCUAAGUUGGCAUGUACAAGUACUUCGUUUGAGCACGUAGUUUUUCGCUCUAAAAUUUGCUUUGGUCCUCUUUCUCAUUCUUCUGCAUCUACAGAAUGACAAUGUACCGUCCAAAAGCAACUUAGUGAAUUGAUGAGCAACUUAA